ACCUAGACAGCAUAGAUCUCCUAGGAAUAUCCUAAGAAUAUCAAGAUGAUGUCCCAAUAUGUUAAAGCCGUCUACAGAAUGUCCACAAUUGACGAUAAUAUUACGAAUCGCAGUAAGUCCCUAGAGAUUAUGAAAUCGAAAUUUUUGGAGCUUCUGAGUCAGAUGUUACCAUCGCAAUCAUUAAAAACUCGCGGUCCAGUAUGGUUGGGCAGAUAUGAACGGGACAACACACCUGCAACAAUAGCACAAUUUUAUGCUGACAGUUUAUUCCAUCCAGUACCAUUCGGAAAAAUUAUAACUUUGAUACCGGAGGAUGCGAUACUUGUCCAAAUAGCAAUUCAAAAUGGUUUUCACACCAUUAUAGCAAAGUCGUUGGAAUCAACAGUCAUUUCACUGUGCAAACGCGAACAGAAACAUACCAUACAAAGUUUUUUAGAAGGAAUUGGUGAUCUUUAUAAUAUAGGUUUUCAGCCACAGAUUGCAAAUUUAUAUCCACCAGUGCAAUUUCCAGUUAGUCGCGGAACACCAAUGAUAUCUCCUCUUGUUAGAUGGGAUCAUACCGACGAUUACUAUGUCUAUCAGUACAGAGGACAACACAUAAUUUCCAGUAGAGAAAGACUUGUCAGUAUUACAACCACUGACGGAGAAUUCGAAUAUUUUUCUGGUCAUGUAAUUGAUGGAAAAAAUUUGUUACCGGCGACAGGUUAUCUUUUUUUAAUUUGGCACAUGAUUGGUUUGUUGAGUGGCAUUGAUUAUCGCAACAUACCGAUUGUAUUUGAAAAUGUUAAAUUUGUCCGCGCUACUAACGUAUCGAAGAGAGAAAAUUUGAAUUUACUUCUUAUAAUACAAGAAGGAAGUAAUAACUUCGAGAUUAUAGAAGGUGACAACGUAAUCGUCAGUGGAUUCGCAAGGGUACCUAACGAUAUUGCCUGUGAAAAACUACCUGUUCAAUUUUUAUCCAACAGUGAUGAAGAUAAUGAGUACAUGAAAACAGCAGAUAUUUAUAAGGAGCUCCGACUCCGUGGUUAUCAGUAUACUGGUUUAUUUCGUUUGCUGAAGAGCGCUUCUAUCACUGGUAAAGUAGGGCAUAUCAGGUGGCCUAUAAAUUGGGCAGCAUUUAUGGACAAUAUGCUACAAAUGAAAAUCCUAACGUUUGAUUCAAGAAAUAUUUGCGUGCCGACUGAAAUUCGCAAAUUGAUAAUCGAUCCUGAAUAUCACAUGAAACAGUUGCACAAUAUUUCCGAUCAAGAUAAAAGUAAGUCUGAGUUAUCCUCAAAUAUUUUCGUAAACAGUUGCAGAUAUAUUAGGUGA